AUGAAAUGUUUCGCGGAAUACAUCAAACAUUACACUGAGCUCGACUACCCGAUGAAGCUCACCAAGGAGCAGGCAGAGUCUCGAGCUCUGCACUCUGAAUCUGUCUGUGCAUGUCACCCGGUCGUUCUGUUGUGCCAACUUCCCCAUGCUUGUGCUACGCAGGCCACCAACAGGUGGCAUUACGAGAAAACGCACCGCACCGUUGCCCAAGAUGAAGUUCGUAUGCCAGAUGCUAACGGACUUCCCAAUGGACCCAAAGUAGUACGACUAGCCGUCAUCAUUCAGACAUACGUCGACAAUCAGAGCUAUGCCAAGCAGGCGUACAUCAAUCAAUCAGGCAACCGACGCGACAGGCCUACGAGUGUCCAAGUGCAAGACCUGGAUGACGCCUACCAGGCAGCGAGCACAACUUCUCUCUUCGAGGAUGAUGAUGCCUUUGACAACAUCCGUCCUCCGGUCCAGAAUGAUCCGAGCGCUGCAUCAAUGUUGAAGGGACAAGCUUCCACUUCAACUUCGCAAGCAAGGACCGGAAAGCUUGGAGGCAGCACUGAGAAGGGCCUCAGCGACACAACAGCCAAGAAACCAGCCAGAAUCAAGAAUAUCUCUGCUACCAGCUUAGUUACCAUCGCGAAGAACAAAGUAGCCACGAUGGACAAGUACCAGGAUUGUUUGGACAUGCCUGUGAAGUUCCAGCGUGAAGUCCAAGAAGUCCGCGAUGCCUUGGUGAUUGACGGUGGACAUUGUUCGGACGAGGGCGACAUCGGGCCGAGCAACUUGGAUCUCAAUCCUGAGGUGCUUGUUGCAAAUGCCGUUCAGAUGUUGAAGCUCCGCACGGUCAUCUGCGAGAUGUGCUUCGGGAUCCGGAAGGAAUGGCCGGAUGCUGAUGGAACGACGGCAGUGACCGCAGACAAGAUAAUGCAUCUGGUUCGGCGGGACCCGUUCCUCGGGCCGGCCCCCGAAUUCAAAGACGCGGAUGCAUUGAUCAGUGUGGCUGACAUCGGCAAAGAACGCAACGAGUGGUCGGACAAA